UUGGGCAUCGCAGUUGUCAUUUGCUUCCAGAACGUUCCAUGCCAAACGUGUUUGUUGUGUAUUUUGCUUUCUCUGGUGCUCGGGUAGUUUUUCGCUGAAAAUAUAGCUAAAAAGCUUGCUCUAUAGCCAAAGCACGAACCAGCAAGCGCACGACAAAACUGAAGAAAUUUUUGAAAGAAAGAAAAUGGCUUCUCCGGCCGGAUAUGGCGCCCUGCUCGAGUGCCCAUACAACAAGUCGCAUAGGGUGCAGGCAACGGCCAUGGCACGGCAUUUGUACAAAUGCCGCAAGAUGUACCCAGACACGCAGUUUGUAACCUGUCCGUUUAAUCAUGCUCACAAAAUCGCGGAGCCCGAGCUUAAGAUGCACACUGCCACUUGCGAGGAUCGGGCCAAUUUCGACAUGUACAAAUACUGUAUAACAACGGCAGCGGCUACCCAUACCUCAGAAACUCAGGAACCGGAGCUCAUCUACAAUAAUGAUGAUCCCAUAGCACCGAAAAAGGUUCAGGACGAUGACGAAUGUUGGGAUGAUUUACGCAUUCCAGCGUACAACCCACAGGAAUACUGUGCUACUGCGAAAAUUAUUCGUAAGGCUACACUAAAGACUCCCGCGGAGAAACGGGCCUUUUAUGAGCAGGAAAUUCAACGUCACAAAGAGCUGGAAACAAAAAUAAAGCAAGAAAGUGAAGCUGGUAGUAGUUCGCGAUCUCGUUCCAGAUCACGAUCAGGGUCUCGUUUUCGUCGCGCGAGAGCUAAACGAUCGAGAUCUCGAUCUCGCCAUAGGUCUCCACUACCGAUCCGUUCCCGGCGGUCGCGAUCGAAUUCACGAAAAUCUCGUUCGCUGUCUCCAGCGCGUGAUCGCAAGCGUAGGCGAUCCCGGUCGAUAGAGGAACGCGUCGUUCGUAGACGCUCGCCAUCACCACUGGCGGCUGUUAGACGUGAGCGGGCGGCCCUGGAUCGCUACGAACGGGAACGUGCCGACCGGGAGCGUUACGCACGGGCGUACGAUCGGUACGAGUAUCAGUACGCAUCCCGUUAUGACAGUUAUUCACGGUAUCCGCCUCCCGAGCGGUAUGCACCGAGGUACGACUAUCACGAACGAUACCCAGUCGCCGGAAGCAGCUACGAACGGGAACGGCGCAUCAGUCGGCGCGAUUCGCGGGAUCGUGAGGACGAAGAGCACAUUUACCGGCGAGAUUUCAGAGAUUGAAAUGAUCAAAGAAUCUAGCUUACGAUUAUAUUCUCCAUUUUUUUCUAAUUUAACGAUAAUUACCGUAGCGCUUAUUGUGAAUGUAUACUUUUAUAACAGUUCACUUGAAAAUAAAUGCAAGUGGAAAUUUACGAUCAUGAGCAACAAUUAUAGAUUAGACGUAAUCUUGCUUGUAGGAAUUCAUUCUGUCAAUAAAGUAUAAUCGUUGCAUGGAUGGAAAAAUGUGUUGUU